UGCCUCAGCCCCAGCUUCGCCCCCCUGCGCUGCCUCGCCGGCAGCUGCGGCCGCCUCCUCACCGGCGGGGGGGGCGGGGCCUCGCCGGCAACUUCCGGAACCUUCGGCGCUGGGGGCGGGGCCUCGCCCGGCGCUGGGGGCGGGGCCUCGCCCGGCGCUGGGGGCGGGGCCUCGGAGCGCUGCCCCCCCCCCGAGUGCGCGGGGGCCUCGCAGUGCUCGCAGUGCCUGAGGCGGCCGCGCUGCGGAUGGUGCGCCCGCGCCGGGCACAACGGGGGCGGCCGCUGCCUCGAGGGCGGCCUCAGCGGGCCCCGACACGGUGUGACCCAGGCGUGCGGGGCCGGCGGGGUUUGGGCGUUCCUGAGCUGCCCCCCCGAGGACGAGUGCGAGAACGGGCACCACACCUGCGGGCCCAGCCAGGUGUGCCGCGACCUGGCCGACGGCUUCACCUGCACCUGCCGGGCAGGGUACAGCAUGGACAGCCGCACAGGUGAGUGCCGCCCCGUGUGCCGCCAGGGCUGCGCCAACGGCACCUGCCUGGAGCCCGACAGGUGUCGCUGCCACUUCGGCUUCGUGGGCGGGGACUGCGCCACGCCCUGCGCCUGCAACGGCCACAGCGACUGCGCGGGGCCCGCCCAGAGAGACACCUGCCUCAGGUGUAUGAACAACACACAGGUGAGCUCACCUGGGCUCCAAUUGGGGUUACCUGGGGGUUACCUGGGGCGACUGCGCGGGGCCAAUGGAGAGGGACACCUGCCUCAGGUGUAUGAACAACACACAGGUGAGCUCACCUGGGGUUACCUGGGGGUGUUACCUGGGGGGGGCGGGGACUGUGCCACGCCCUGCGCCUGCAACGGCCACAGCGACUGCGCGGGGCCUGGAGCCACGGAUACCUGCCUCAGGUGUAUGAACAACACACAGGUGAGCUCAGGUGGGGUUACCUGGGGGGUUACCUGGGGGGGCGGGGACUGCGCCACGCCCUGCGCCUGCAACGGCCACAGCGACUGCGCGGGACCGACAGCGAGGGAUACCUGCCUCAGGUGUAUGAACAACACACAGGGCCCGCAGUGCCAGCAGUGCCGCCCGGGUUUCGUUGGCUCCGCCCUUUCCGGUGGUUUGUGCCUCCCCUGCCGCUCCUUCUGCCGCGGCCGCGCCGACGUUUGCCUGAGCCGCGCCCACCUGGAGCGGCACCGGCGCGACCCCGCCCGGCACCCGCUGGAGGCGCACCUGCUGCACACGUGGGUGCCCGAGGGCCCCAGCGAGGCGCAGGCCGUGUGCGUCAACUGCCAGGACAACAGCGUGGGCGACAGGUGCGACACCUGCCGGGCCGGGUUCUUCAUGCUGGAUGGCACCUGCACCAGGUGCCAGUGCAACGGGCACGCCGACACCUGCAACGAGCUGGAUGGCACCGGGUGCCCGUGCCAGAACAACACCGAGAGCGGCGCCUGCCCCGAGCGCAGAGACUGCUACCGGCACCAGUGCUCCAAGUGCCGCGACUCCUUCCAGGGCCACCCCGUUGGUGGCCAGCAGUGUUACCGGGUGCUGGUGGUGGAGCAGGAGUACUGCCUGGACCCCGCCUCCCAGUCCCACUGCAGAACUGGCUCCAGAACCUUCUCCAGGGGUUCUGGUGGGGACGUAGGGAUGGAACCCAGCAGGUUCCUCAAGGUUCUGGUGCCACCAGCAUGGCCUGACCUCAACCCCAAUGAUCUCCAUGGCAUCUUUGGUGACAUCAGAAGUGCAGAACUGGUUCUAGAACCUUCUCCAAGGGUUCUGUGCUCCAAGUGCCGCGACUCCUUCCAGGGCCACCCCGUUGGUGGCCAGCAGUGUUACCGGGUGCUGGUGGUGGAGCAGGAGUACUGCCUGGACCCCUCCUCCCAGUCCCACUGCUUCCCGCCGCCCCAGCGCCGCCCGCUGCCGCCCGGCCGCUCGGUGCCCUUCGCCGUGCAGCCCAAGUUCACCAACGUGGACAUCCGCGUCACGCUGGACGUCACCUUCGGCGCCGUGGACCUCUACGUGGCCACCGCCUACGACACCUUCGCCGUGGACGUGGAGCCGGGCACGGGGCGGCACCGCGUGCGCCUGCAGGCGCCUGGCGGGGGCGGUGGUGGGACCUUUGGGGGCUUUGGGACCUCAGGAACCGGUGGUGGCACCUUUGGGACCGGUGGUGGGACCUUUGGGAGCUUUGGGAGCUCAGGAACCUCAGGAACCGGUGGUGGGACCUUUGGGACUUCAGGAAUUGGUGGUGGGACCUUUGGGGGCUUUGGGAGCUCAGGAACGUCAGGAACCGGUGGUGGCACCUUUGGAACUUCAGGAACCGGUGGUGGCACCUUUGGGACCGGUGGUGGCACCUUUGGGAGCUUUGGGAGCUCAGGAACGUCAGGAACCGGUGGUGGCACCAGUGGGACCUUUGGGACCGGUGGCACCUUUGGGACUUUUGAUGGUCAAGGAGAGGACACCUUUAAGACCUCAGGAACCGGUGGUGGGACCGGUGGUGGGACAUUUGGGAGCUUUGGGACCUCAGGAACCGGUGGUGGCACCUUGAGGUCUUCAGGAACCGGUGGUGAAACCUUUGGAACCGGUGGUGGCACCUUUGGGAGCUUUGGUGGCACCUUUGGGACCUCCUGGACUGGUGGUGGCACCUUUGGUGGUGGCACCUUUGGUGGUGGCCCUGCAGUUCUGGAGCUCCUGGAGCUGCUCCUGGUGGUCACAGUGGUCACUCUGGUCAAGGUGAUGACCCCAGAACCUUUGGUGGCCCCAGAGGUGAUUUCAGUGGUCAUGAUGGUCACCUUGGUGGCCAGACUGGUCACGGUGGUCAAGGUGAUGACCCCAGAGCUUUUGGUGGCCCCAGAGGUGAUUUCAGUGGCCAAACUGGUCACGGUGGUCACUCUGGUCAAGCUGAUGAUCCCAGAACUUUUGGUGGCCCCCAGCCCCACCUUGGUGGUCACUCUGGUCACGGUGGUCACUCUGACUGGUCACUCUGGUCACAGUGGUCACUCCGAUGACCCCAGAACCUUUGGUGGCCCCAGGGGUGAUUUCAGUGGUCACAUUGGUCACAGUGGUCACUCUGGUCAAGGUGAUGACCCCAGAACUUUUGGUGGCCCCAGAGGUGAUUUCAGUGGUCACGAUGGUCACCUCGGUGGCCAGACCAGUGGUCACUCUGGUCACAGUGGUCACUCCAGUGGUCACUCGGCCGCCCCCCCGGCCGCGCCCUCGCCCAGCGCCGCCGUCCCCGCCCUGCUGGAGGAACGCGCCCACGGCCUGGUCACCUACCUGACCGUGUCCCACCCCGUGCCCGCCCUGGUGGUCCGGGGGGUCCGCGACCGCCUGGUCCUCACCUACCCCCACCAGGCCCACCCGCUCAAGUCCACGCGCUUCUACCUGCUGGUCCUGGGCGGUCCAGAACCUUCUCAGGGUCUGCUGUUCUUCAGGCAGGACCAGGCGCACAUCGACCUCUUUGUCUUCUUCUCGGUCUUCUUCUCGUGCUUCUUCCUGUUCCUGGCCGUGUGCGUGCUGCUCUGGAAGGCCAAGCAGGGCCUGGACGCGCGGCACGAGCGGCGGCGCCACCGCCAGGAGAUGUCCAAGAUGGCGGCGCGGCCCUUCGCCAGGGUCACCGUGUGCUUCCAGCCCUGCUGGGGCCACCGCGAGAACCUGCUGGAGAUGGCGGUGGGCGCCAGGGCUGCUUGUGCCGGGGGCGGGAGCCAGGGUUUGGGUGGUGGGAACCAAAGUUAUGGAGGUCAUCAAGGUUCUGGAGGUGGGAACCAAAGUUAUGGAGGUGGGAACCAGGGUUUGGGUGGUGGGAACCAAAGUUAUGGGGGUGGGAACCAAAGUUAUGGAGGUCAUCAAGGUUCUGGAGUUAUGGAGGUGGACAUCAAAGUUAUGGAGGUGGACAUCAAAAUUUUGGAGGUUCUCAAGGUUCUGGAGGUGGAAAUCAAAAUUUGGGUGGUGGGAACCAAAGUUACGGAGGUGGGAACCAAAGUUCUGGAGGUGGACACCAAAAUUCGGGUGGUGGACACCAAAAUUUUGGAGGUUCUCAAGGUCCUGGAGGCCCCCCCCGCCAAAAGCUCUUUGGUUCCGCCCAAGGGGGCGGGGGCGGGGGCGGGGCCGGCGCGGCGGGGGGCGGGGCGGUGGGCGGGGCAGGGGGCGGGGCCGGUGACGUUGGAGCCGACGGAGGACGGCGUGGCCGCGGUGGCGACGCUGCUGCUGCAGCUGCCGGGGGGGCCCGGGGGUCCCCCCAGGGCCGCGCUGGGCUCGGCGCUGGUGGCGCUGCGGGCCGGGGGCGACUUCGGGGGCACCGAGGGCAGCCGGGGGGCGGGGGCGGCCCCCAGGAAAGGGGCAGGGCCGGGGGGCGCCGCGCUGGAGUUGACCUCCAUGGGCAUCUGA